UUUGUUAAUUUGUUGUGACUUUUUUCUGUUCUGAUUUUUGACAAUAAUUACCACCAACAAAAUAUGCCAUAUUGCACAGGCUACACAUGAAUUGUGGUAAUAAAAAUGUGCUCUGUUUCUCGGAUUUCCAGGUCGAAAUUAUUCCCACAUAUCACUUCACGCAAAUUUUAUUCAUCCGAUGUAAAACGUUACUUAGCAGAUGCGCUCAGUGGUUAUGAGGAAACUGUAUUCAUGCCGUUACGUUGUAGGAGUUGGCAUUUAGGGGAUAACUUUACGAAAGCACGCAUUACUACAGUCCAGUAUUUAAAAGACAAAUUUGGAAGGAUUCGAGAGCCAUCGUCUGUUAAUAAAAACGAGAUAAAAAGAGGAAAAGUGAAGACCAAUUUAAUACCAUUCAGUUCUAUAUUUCGUAAUGGGUUUCAUGCACUUGAAUGUUUCAAUGACGGAGCCUCAAUUACAAUUGAAGACAACAUACAAGAUGAGAAAGCUUAUGAUAACAGAUAUUUACUUCAGUAUGCCAUAGACGCUUUUGUGACAGGGUUUCUUUGUGAGAAAGACUAUCAUGAGGAAUGCUUAAGGAAGAUAAGAACCAUUGAUAAUGAGAGAGAAAUAAGUAUUAUUAUGGCCAAUCAUCUAUUUUCUAGACUUACAGCACCAAGUGUUGGGACAACAUAUUUCGUAACAAAUGAUACAAAGAGAAGACCUGUACAUGUAUACUGUAAUUGCUCCAAGAAGUGUGGAGAGGAAAUUUUGUAUGGCAAUACUGGAUUUGGUAGUGAGUUGCUAUGGUAUGGCAAACCUGACAUUAUGGUUUUCCCAAUAGGAGGAGUAAACUGUAGCAUUGUAAUACCCCCAAAACCAGAGGAUGAGGCAGCAGAAUAUCCAGAGGUGCCAAUUAUUUCGGAUGAUAAACAAGUUUUGGAUUUUAAUUCUGAUGAUUUAACUUUAAGAGAAAAGUAUAACAAAUCUCAAAUCAUUGCCACUGCUAUAACUUUCUCUAUGUAUCAGACGAAAUGUCAACAUCAAAAGAGAGGUCCUUUUCCAAAUGUUUCCUUGAUACCACUCAUUGCUGCUAAUGGAACUUCAUUUGAUAUAUAUCUAUAUGAUUCGGAUAAUGAUAUACUUUUACGAAAUAGUGGCUUACCAAUACCGUUAUGGGAUGGACCUUUUAAAAAACCACCAUUUUAUAGACUUAAUCUUUCAUCUGUUCUGAAACUUUGGAUGACGAUAAAUCAUUCGUCAAUUCAGCCUUCUUUAUCUUUAGAAGAUAAUCAGAUGUUGUCAGGAUCUUGUGACUUUAAAGGUCGUCUAUCGAAAGAGUUUUUAAAAAAUGUAGAGUCUACUUUAGAAAUGAAGGAUAAGUGUCAGCCAAUUGAAGAGCCUGAAUUUGAAUUUGAAUUUAUGGACUUAAAUAUUAGCCCACCAAAAAAGUCUUUGCCAGUUGAGUGCUGAUGAAGGUAAAAGAAAUUAAAAUUUGAUGCAAGUAAGCACUUUCAUUUGAAUAAGACUUAUUUUUUUCACAAUUUUCUUUAAGCGUAAAUCAAAGUUGGGACAAAUAAAAGACAGUCACUAACAUUGGUGCUAGGUCAUCUAGGUCAGAGUUAUGUAGAUUUACUCUUGGCUCGUACAAGGAGAAAUGAUAUUUUAUUUUUAUUACAUAUUUGUUGCACUCUUGAGAUUUUCAUGUACCUACAUGUACCCACUUCAAUGCACUAUGUCUUUGUCUUUAUUUGCAUACAAAUUGUCUAUAUAAUAAAUUAUUGCAAUUUGAAUAUUCCUCAGUAUGACAAUUAGUUUUAAGCUUUCCAUAAAGACAAAGUUUAGAUGAGAAAUCAAGUUUUGAAAUUUUAUCUAAAUUCAAUUUCUCAUAUUUAUCUGAAACCAAUAUUUUGAAUUUACAUUAAACAUGUAAAACUUUUAUUGUUUGAAGGGUAUAUGGGAAUGUUGUCUGGAUUUGUUACCAAAUCUUUAAAAAAUUUAUCAACAAACCAAUACCAAGGAUAAGUUCCUUCAUUUGUAAGCUUGUAUUUGUUUUUAAUGAUGCUUUAAUUAACAAUAGGAUUAAUAUCAUAUGAAUUUAUUCUAUAGAAUUAUAUUAGAGUUCUAAUAUGUCUUUACAUCAAGGUUUUUUUCCUUUUUUUAUAAUAUUUCAAAGACAAUAUGCCACCAAUCCAUUAAACAGUCAAGGAUAUAACUCUAUAGGGUUAUUAGAGAAAAAUAACAUAUGUUUGUUAUUGUGGACUAAAAAAUCAAAGACCUAUGAUAACAUAUGUAUGUUACAUGUUUCAAAGGGAAAAUAUACAUCAUUAGUUUUGUUAAAUUGUAUACAGGUUCUAUUGAUAUUACUAUUGUCUUUAUGUAUACUCAACUAUAGAAAGAUAUAACAGUUCAUAUUUUGACAAUCAUGCAUAGUACACCUAUGUUAUUACAUAAAAAAUUGGCCUGUAAUACAGACAUGGGGUAAUUGAAAUAUGUAAUUGUAAUUGGCUGUAAUUAAUUACAAUUUCCCAAGUAAUUGAAUGCAAUGUGUAAUUGAGCAUUUUUUCAAUUACAAGUAAUUGAAAGUAAUGAAUUACAAAGCCAAAAUUGUCUGUAAUUGACAAUUACUUUUCAAUUACAAUUCAAUUACAUUUGAAAUUUGGGAUCAGAAAGAUUGAAUCUUGUGUUUUCUCAAAAAAUUAUGAAAAGCCAUGACCUUAGCAAAUGUAGUUAGCUGACAAAUCAUAGCCUACACAGUAUACCUUCUGUAAUUACACAACCAUGGAAGAUUCUUUAUUUUGUAAUGAAUGAACAAAAAAUUAAAAAGAACAAAAAAUAUUGUAGAAACAUGCCAUAAUUUGUGUUUUUUAAAGAAACCAUUAGUAAGUCACUGUUUUAUACCUUAAUUAGCUUGUUACCUACAUGUCUAUUCAGAUGGAUAUUGUUAGACAUUGAUUUAACAUAAUCAAUUUGAAAGGUGAUAAGUCAAUCAAUAAAUAUAACCUCUGGCUAUUUGUUUUAUCAUAAACUAUGUAUAUGUAAGAGAAUGAUAAUCCCUUUCUUCAUGAAUAAGUACGAGCGUUAGCGAGUACUUAUCAUGAAGUAAGGGAUUAUCAUUCUCUUACAAACUUAGAAUAUUGUAAAGUGCUCAAGGCUCAAAUGAUCUACUCAAGAAUUAGUUUCAUUGUCAGUGCAAUGUUUAUAAUUGAUGCAUGACUUCCUUUUUCGGCAUGUCAUUUAUGGAUUAGUUCUAGUGAUGUGAGGACUUUCUUAUCAUUUGGGAAAUAUUUUAAAAAAAAAUGCGUUAUAGAUAUUAGGUGACACAUUAGUAGAAAGAAAAGGUAGGAAUUGUAUAUGUUUCCUGAUUGUGAGUAUGAAUGUAAAUCAUGUAAUAUUUCAGUGAGGAAGUAUCCUUUUUUUAUUUACAGUUUAAAUCAAUUUAAAAUACAUUUGAGUUACAACUAAAUUUUAUUUCACAGCCAAUAAUUUGGUCCGGCUUUUUAAAUCAAAUACUGUUUCAUUAUGUCAGGGAAAUGUUCAAAAAUAAUGCCUUUAAAAGUUUUUAAUAUGUUCAAAAUUAAAUUCCUGAUUUUUUUUAUCGGAAUACAUGUAUUGGAAAUAACUAUUCUCCCCAACCGCUGAUCAAGUAAUCAAAAUUUUGGAAAGCUAAAGAUUUAGGUUAUUUUUUAUCUCAAAGAUUUUUUCUUUUUUUUUGCAUUGCUUUGGUAUUGUUUAAUUUUAUAGUAAUUUGAAGUUAUUAAUAUUUUCAUAAUAAAAUUCACGGUACCAAUUUUACUGCACCAGUAAACUUCAACUUAUUUUGAGAUUUUUGUUUGUUUCACUAUUCAACUUUUAGUCAGUUUCAAUCACUGUGUGAUAAAUCCUUUCAAUCUGAUAAAUGUGCUUCGGGGCAGUUGUAACUCAUUUAUAGAAACUCUUUUUUUUGAACUGUAAAUAGACCCAAAUAAUAGGAUAAUCCCUUACUAAGAACAUGAUUUACAUUCAUUCUUCACAAUUAAGAGGCAUCCAAUCCUACAAUUUCAUUGGUCGAGAGUACUUUGCUAUAUUCUAAAUAAUGACUGUUUUUACAACAGUUAUGUUUGCAUGUUAAACAGGUGUUAAGCCAAAUUAGAGAGAGAUAAAUAUACCCCUAGGUACAUGAUUUUUUUUUAAAUUAACUAAUUGUGAUUAAAACUACGUUAUAUUUUUAAAAAAGUCAGACUUUCUUAAUCAUUUCUUUAGGAAAAAUAAUUUUUAAUAAGUUGUGAUCAAAAUAAAAAAAAUAAAAUUUUAUCUAUAGGGCUCUGUUCUUGUAUCAUUUUCAAUGAAAUACAUUUAAACAUAAAUUUCAAUAGGUAAUUAAACAAAAUUUAAUAUUUUCCAAAUAUCGAAUAAGGCUUUUUAUCAUUUUGCGCAUUAAAUUAAACCAGACAUCUAGUCCUAACCAUUCCUGAUAGACAAAGUAUUAUGUGCAUCUCAGAUUUAUGUUUGUUUUUUCUUUAUUCCCGUAACACACCAAAUAUUUAACUUUUAUUCUUCUUUGAUACUGGCUGAGUUUGAAAAUAGUCACUGUAGAUCUCAUUUGUUAUUACUAUAAAGCAAUGUAUGAUAAUUAUGUACAUAUGAUAGAAUAAAUGCAUGUUCUAAAUUUACCUUUCAAAAGUAAUUGAAGUAAUUAAUUACAUUUGCCAAGUAAUUGGAAAGUAAUUAAUUACAUUGUCAAAAAAAGUCAAAUGUAAUGUGUAAUUUAAUUGAAGAUUUUGUAAUUGUAAUUGAAUGUAAUUAAUUACUCUCAAAAGUAAUUGACCCCAUGUCUGCUGUAAUAACUAAAGGGUGUUAUUACAGCUUCUCUAUAUCACUCCAAAGCAUUUGCUCAGACAUACAUCAUGCUUAAUUACAAUUUAUUUUAAUUCAUUGUAAGAAAUAAUGACCAGAGCAUGUAAUGAGGUUCUGCGCAAGUUUCCAAGUAAUUCCCAAGUGUCUCAUAUAAUAAGUUACAUGACUUUAAUAACUAAGCCUUGUUAUUACAGCUAAGUUAAUCACUUAAAAGCCUUGUCUCAUUGAUUUACCAUGGUUAAUGAUAAGUGUAUUAAUUUAAUUCAAAAAUUAGUUAUCAAGGCUAUGCAUUUAGUUUCUGGCAAAGUUUCCAGAGUUCCCUAGAGCCCACUAGAAAUUAAAAUGUUGAUCAUUUAUUUUACAAAUAACAAACAUAUGUUAUUACAGAUUUAGAAAAUUUUAGGUUUAAAGAGUAGACAACUCAUAAAAAUAUCUGUAAUAACACAUGCAAGUUAUUUCCUGUAAUAACCCUAUAGAGUUAUAAAUAUCCCUGACUGUUAAAAAAAUAAGUAGACAUUUUUUUCUCCACCCCUAAACUUGUUUGUCAUUAAACAGUCUUUAUAACUAAGGGUGACAGACCCAUGUCAGACAGGUUCAUGAUACUCAUGUAGUAUAUAUCAUCUUACAUUUGUUUAUAUAACAUGUAUAAUUAAAAGUUCAUUUGUUGUAAUAUUGCACAUGUAUGUUUUUUAUUUGUUAUUGCUUAAAUCUUAUGGUUGUAAUUCUACAUUAAAGAUAUAAAAUUUUGGAAAAUCCAUUUAAAGCAUGCAGUUGAAAUAUAUAUAUAUAUAUAUAUGAACGUUGUUUUCAAUUUAGACUUGUUUAUAUAUACAUGUAUAUAGAUACAUAUCGUAAUUUUCCAAUUCUUAAUAUCAAUGGCUAUAGUAAACAUAUUUAUGAUAACAUAUUCUUCAUUGAUAAUUAAUUAAAACUUUCACUUUAAUCAAUGAAUGACGUCAAUACAAGAUGGUGUAUCUCCUAAAAACGAUUUGUAAUUAAAAUUUUCAAUUUGUGACAACUGAUAAUUAUAAUUGCUAACAUAAAAUCAGAUAUCUUAUGACAUGAGUUCACUGCAAGUGUUCUUAGCUGUUAAUGAUUGGUUGUUUCUGUAAGAUUUUCAAUUGCUUCCAUUAGACGGGCAUUACAUUGACCAUGUAACAUUGUUUUAUAUGUAUUCACUUAUUCUCAGUGCUUGUAAGUAUAAAGUGGGAAAUUUUAAUUCUUAGGUUUUUUUUUUACUAAUAUGUUUGACAAAGCUACAAGCAAGACUAAUACUUUGUUUAUUGUGAUGUUUUGUGUAUAUAUGUUAACGUCGCUUGUAAGAAUUUUAUUAAGCUUAUGUUUAUUGUUAUUGUAUGCAUAUGUACCGACUCAAAAUAAAAUUAACUUACUUUA